UCGGUCCAGUUAAACCAAGCCGAGUCCACCCCAUUACAAAUUAUUUUUCAUUAAUUUCAUGCUUAAUUAACACUAGUCUCUUGAGUGGUUGGUUGGGAUUGGGAGGAGGAACUGUAGGACUUGUCAGCUUCUCCAAAUUCAGGGUUCCAGCGACAACAGCUAAAAUUCAUGGGCAUUGCCAAUGGCGAUCAAGAAAUUGCAGAAGACCCACGUACCUGAUGAUAUUUUAGUCAAAAUUCUCUCCAGGUUGCCAGUCAAAACCUUGAUCCGAUUCAUCUGCGUCUCAAAUCGCUGGCGUUUUCUGUUGUACGACCCGCAAUUCGCCAAAUCCCACUUCAAAGUAGCUUCUGAGCAACAAACACUGAGUCCCAGCCUCCUCAUCUCCACUGCCUCUGAUCUCCGAACCGUACACUUGGAAACGCCGUCGUUUGCAAUUGGUGGAAAUUCUUUGGUCAGAAAUCUCAGCUUCCCAUUCAAGCGACCGGGCCUCGCCGUCAAGGUAGUGGGCUCCUGCAAUGGUUUGGUGUGUGUAGCUCUUGAUUUUCAUGAAUGCUUUUAUAUCUGGAACCCAUCCACUAGAUUCUUGCAGAAACUACCUGACCCAGAUUUCGGGUCAGAAGAAAUUAAGAAGCUUUACAAAUAUGGGUUUGGUUAUGUAUCCGCCAUUGAUGACUACAAAGUUAUUGUGGGCGCGGAGUUGACGUAUGAAACUGACAGAGCUAACAGAUACCCUGUUGUGGUCUUCUCAUUGAGAGCCAACUCCUGGAAAAAGAUUCAAGCUCCCUUUUCACCCCAUGGGCAUAGUGAGGGGGCUCUUUCAAAUGAGGCACUCCAUUGGCUGCACACAUCAUGUAGGCCACAAGUUGCAAUUGCUUUUGAUUUGGCAACGGAGGAGUUCCGAAAUGUAAUGUUGCCAAUUUGUGAAGAAAAUGAGUUGGGUUUCAGACGAGUGGGGGCUCUUUUAGAAGGGUGCCUGUGUGCAUGGGCUAAUGGACCUGAUUUUGAAUAUGUUGUAAUCUGGGUCAUGAGAGAAUAUGAUGUGUAUGAAUCAUGGACUGUGCUAUUUAAGGUUGCCAAUGAUGUACCUGUCUUUGUUAGGGAAAGUGGUACAGUUGUGAUGCGGGAUCGUAGUUCCAAGAAUGUGGAGUUGAAAUGGCUUGAUAAAAACGAAGACAAGUUUAAAAAGGAUGUGGUUACACGUGAGCGAUAUAUGCUUCAGGGGCUUGACUCUGGAAAUGACCUGAUUCAAUAUGUUGAGAGUCUGCUACCUUUCGUCUCCAUCAUUUGCGAUCAAGAAACACCAAUAAUAGCAAUUCCUGUUUCACAUCUGAUCACUGUCCAAGAGAUGACUGUUCAGAACAUCAGCACUAUGGUUCCAAUGAAACUCACUGGCCCUAAUUUCACCAUAUGGAAAUGGCUAUUUCGUCAAGUUCUCAGGAAAUAUAGAGUAGAAGGUUUGGUUGAAGGGACAGAGAUCUGUCCACCUGCUUUUUUGUUUGAUAGCAAUGGUAAAAUCACCAAUCAAGUGAAUCCAGCCUUUGAAAAAUGGAUGGAUCGGGACCAAAGUGUAAUGGUUUGGCUUAAUUCAAGAAUCUCUGAAGAUUUAUUGCCAUAUACAGUUGGGGCUUCUUCCUCUCACGCACUCUGGAUGAUCAUGAAGAAACGGUUUGCCAAUGCUUCUGAUAGCCCCUUUGGUUGAGUUGAAUUUUGUAGGGGAGUUGGAAUGUACAGUUCCAAGAAACCGAAGAUGAGAAGGAAGCAGUUUCAAGCAUCUCAGAGGACCUACCUGCACAAAAUGAUAUGGCGAAUAUAUUUCAUUGAAUGUCCCUCUGGUUUUUUUGUUUUGGUUUUGAAGCCUAUGAGUAAAUUACAGUGAUCAUUUCGGCGUAUGGUCAGCUAAUAACGGGUUGAUACCUCGUUUCAAUGCCUCAUCCCGAGACCUGAAACAUGACUUGGUAUUUUCUUUUUAAUAAUAAAAUUUAAAAAGUCGUGAUUUAAACUGCUAUACGGCUAAAUAUUGUUACUGUAUUUGAAA